GAUCCAAAGACCACUUUAUCUUGCCACUGCAGCGCUCCUCAUUCUCUCUCUUCGUUUCUGCUUUUUUUACUCCCUGCCUGACAUCCCUGUCCCCGUCAGCAUGUACUCUUCGUUCUCUUGGAGGACGCUCUUCCUCCUUUCCUUAGGCCUCCUAAGCGCCUUCACCAUCCAAAUCACAUCAGCUCAGUCCGACAACUGUCACAGCUGUAUCAAGCGGGCCAUCCCCUCGAUCCCAGAUUGUGUGGGACUCAGUACGGCCCAGCUGUCGACUCUGGACACGAUCAUGCACGGCAACGACGUCUAUGACAAGGUGGAGCAGUUCCGUACUGCGGAACCCGCGGCGUUCAAGUGUUUGGAUGCGAUGAUGUGGGACAUUCUCCAUUAUAAGGCCAAGUUCUGGAGCCAAUGCUUGGAACCAAAGGCUGCGUGUUCCUGGUCAGAGAUGAUGCAGUAUUUGACGAUCAUACCCAGAAUCUCUGGGGUCUAUGGUGUCAAGAAUUUGCCGGCGCAAGUGUUGAUCGAUGGUCCAGCUUAAGAGCUACAACGUCCUUCUUCAGCAACCAUCCAGCAUCCCGCUAGAUUCUCCGUCUCCACCCCUGCAUACUUAAUUGAACAAAAUAUAUGCAUUUCCAUACAUCU